AUGAAAAUGAAGAUUUUAGUCCUAUCAUUUUUGAUAGCUGCAAAAGUUUCCGCCGAAUUGUUCUAUGAUUCUGAAAAUUGUCUUCGAAAUCACUUCAAAAAGUUGAAUUUGGAUUAUUCGGAGGUUUUGGGAGCUCUGAAAAAUCGUGAGCUCAGAAGCGAAUUGAUAGCGGAGAACAAGUUCAUUGCGGGUUAGUUUUAGCUAUCCUGGUGCAAAUAGUUAUUUUUUCAGAUUUGUAUAAAUCUCAUAGAUCUUAUGAAAAAUCUGUUGAAGAACGGAGAUUUGCAAAUAUUGAGAGUGAAACUGACAAAACUUUAGAUGAUGACUGGGAUAUUUUUGAGUUGUGUGAAAUGGAUGCAAAGAUUUAUAGUGAGUUACCCAACAAAAAAUGUGUUCAAAACAAUUCCUUCAGCGGCAUUGUAUGCUGCUUAUUUGACUAGUUUGGUAAAAGAAGACAAUUUUCAAAUGGAAUAUAAUAGGAUUUCUGAAGAGAAAAGGAAGGAGUUGGAUAGACGAAGAAUUCAAGAAGACGAAGAAGAAGAGUAUGAGAAAUUUAUGAAAGAAUUCAAAGAGGCAGAAGAAGAGGCAAAGAAAUCGGCCUCAAUUAGUUCAACAAUAACAUCUACAAUUUCUACCACAGCUCCAGAAUUGAUUACAGAAAGCACUGAUUUCAUUGAUACCUCUUACACAGUAAAUCAAAUCAGUUCCCCCUCCUUUUUUAAUCGAAAAUUUUUAUUAUAGGCUAUCCGUGUUUCUGGUAAAUUUCGGUGCGGUUCAGAGCCAACCGGUUUUGUCGAGGUCCGACUCUGGCAUUACAACUCCUCUCACAUGAAGAACAAUGAACUGGAUUACUCGAAACUUAACGAAUCUGGUAUACUUUUAGACGAAGUCAAAACAAGCAGCAACGGAAAAUUCAUUUUAUCGGGUUAUGUGAAAAAUAGAAUGAACCCAGUGUUCGAAAUGUUUCAUAAAACACGUUUGUUCCGACAUAUUCCGAGGGAAUAUAUUAGUGCCGGCCAAUACUCAGAUAACGAUUAUGUUAUUGAUAUGGAUCUAUGUGAUGAAGGUUCAGCAACUAUAAUGAGUUCCACGACAACAUCUACAACUUCCACCACGACUCCAGCGCCAAUUACAACAACCAUUGAAGAUAUAGAUUCUUCAUACAGGGUAACUCAGCCCCUAUAUGUUAUUUUUUUCAUUUAAAAUCAUAAUUUCUAGUCCGUCGCAGUUGCUGGUCAAGUUUUGUGCGAAGACUAA